AUGGCUCCCAAUGGUGAAAUAGAACGUCACUUUUGUACAUCGACAAAUUCAAUACAACCGACAGUUAACUUAGCCGAUCGUUUAUAUUUGUUUAUCGACGGUCAAUGGUAUGAUCUUACUCAAUGGCAACAUCAACAUCCAGGAGGCUCAGAUAUUCUUCAAAAUUUAAAUCGAAGAGAUGCUACAGAUGCAUUCUAUUCUCUUCAUAGCGAAGAGGCGAUUAAAAGACUUUCGUGCUUGAAGCCAUGUUCAUCUCUUCAUAUUCAAUCGUUAUUACCAACAAUAGAACCGACUAAUCUUACAUUAUCAUUUCGAUUAUUACGAGAAAAUUUAAUUAAGAAUGGAUAUUUUAAUCGAUCUUUAUUUUGGGAAUUAUUCUAUCACGUAUCAGUUUAUAUUUUAUGUUUAUUUGGUAUGUUUUGUCAUUUUUCUUGGGGUUAUCAUCUUUUAGGUAUACUUCUCAUUGGAUUUGGCAUGCAACAAGCUGGCUGGAUUGGCCAUGAUUAUGGCCAUGGACGUGGUAUAUGGAUGCGAUGGCUUUGCCGAAUAUUAAGUGGUUCUAUCAAUGCAUUUAGUCCAACAUGGUGGUCACAUAAACAUAAUACACAUCAUGUUUAUACUAAUAAUAUUGGCAUUGAUACUGAUGUAGAUACGGAACCCAUAUUUCAUUUAUUUUUUCCUUCGAAAGACAAUGAUGUAUGGUUUCGAGCUUAUCAACAUUGGUAUUUUAUACCGGUAUAUUCCUUAUUAUAUAUAAAUUGGCGAUGGCAAUCGUUUCAACAUUCGUUGUAUACGUUUAAAUAUCUUGAACUUAUUUUAAUGAUACCCAAUUAUCUAUGGCUUUAUAUGCUUGGUUGGCAAGUAGCAUUUGGUUCUAUUCUUUUCGGAGGUUUUCUUGUCGCUUGUAUCGUCACGGCUACACAUCAAAGUGAAGAAAUGUUAAUUGAUUCACGCUAUCCAUUUGUUGAAACACAAUUUUUAACAACUUGCGAUGCAUAUUGUAAUAAUUUUUUUAUGGAGUGGCUAUGGGGUGGAAUGCAAUAUCAACUUGAACAUCAUCUAUUUCCAACGAUGCCAAAAUAUAAUUAUGUACGCGUAAGAUCAAUUCUUCAACAAUGGACAAAAGAAAAUGGAAUCGAAUAUCGAUGUUCAAGUGUUUGGUCAAUGUGGUAUCGAAAUUAUCUGACAUUAAAACAUUUUUCAAGUCAAAGAACAAACAUUAAAGAUAAAACAUGGAAAAAACGAUGA